GGUGGUUAUGCUUGUCGUGGACUUGAUGACCACGCUGCUUCCCCUUGAACUGAUGACACCAACGAAAUCGAUCAAGAUGGAUGACGAGUUUCGGAUUGCUGGCUGCUCUUCGCUGGCGGGAGCUGUCUUCGGCAGCGUCUCGUAUGUGUCGCUGUCACCUACACGGCUGAAUGUGGAUGCCGGUGGUACCGGACGUGAAACCGGGCUCAUUUCCGCUGCACUUUGCGUACUUUGGAUCUGGCUCGGGCCAGCGCUCACUGCCGCAGUGCCAAAGUUCGUGGUUGGAGGCAUGCUUUGCCACCUGGCCUUUGGCUAUAUACUGGAUGGUCUGUGGGAACCGAGGGCGCU